AUGUCUGAGAAGUGUGCCUGUGCUUCCCGGGCUGCAGAUGCAGCCCAGGCGUUAGACCAGGAAAGAGAGACUCGCGCGGAUUUGGAGGAGCAGCUGAAGACAGUUCGGCUUCGCCACGCUGCAGAGGUGAACACCCUCUCCGUGUCGCUGCAAGUGGCUCAGGAGCAGGUGGAGCAACUUAGAGCAGCACUCCAGUUGGAGAGGGAGCCGAGUGGUUCACGAUGGCAGCGGGAGGCGCUCAAACUGCAGGAGGAUCUAGUGGAGGCGCGCAAGGCCUGGAAGGCUGUGGACACUCGCAGUCUCAUUCGGCGAGACAAGGAGCUGGCCCGACUUGGCCUUGAUGCUCAGGCAGUGGAGGAGAUGCCGUGUGCAAGUCGGACCUGA